CAUUCACUCUUGAGACCCGGCCAAAAAGGCGUUUGCAGCUUCUUCACAGUCUAUGAUGCAAGGCUUCGUCGUCAUCGCGCUCUUUUUGACUGUGCUUGCGAGGGGAGCUAAAGCUGCUCCUGAGGUUGCUCGUCGACAAGUUUCCUCUUCACUCCUUCUGACCCCACCUAUCGCCACGAGCGCGUUCACUACUGUGUCAGUCGCGUCUACCGAGUCCCUCCCCUCCGUUUCGGACGGGACGACAUCCACCGCGCCCACCACUUUAUCACAUACCGGUGCCUCCAUCACAACGCAUACCGGAACGCAUACCGGAACCCUAACCGCAAUUCAUACUGCAACUCACACGGGGACCAAUAGCGGAAGUCACUGGGAAACUCACACUGGAACUCACACUGGAACUCACACUGGAACUCACACAGAGACUGACACAGGGAGCAUUUCUGGCCCCUCUCUCCCUCUGAGCGUGAGCACGAUAGCCAGCUCUGUGCUGUUCUCUACCACUGGCACAGGCUCCGACUUGCCCAGCCAGUCCACUGAUUCCGCCACCAUCACUUCCCCGACGACUUCUCUUCCGACGGUGUCUCCUCCGACCCUUACCGUCCCGACGAGCACGCUCGUUAGUAGCAGCGUAGCCACUAUCACUAGCCCGGUGACCAGCUCCCCCGCAACUUCUUCGACAGUAGAAGCCACUUCAACUUCGGCCGCUGCAUCUACCUCCGCAACGAGCGCUAGAAACAGUGGUGUCAUCAACAUGGAGGCAUCGAAGGCGGCGAUGGUGAUGGCAGGUGUCGCCGGCGCUGCAGUAAUGUUCUUCGUCUAAGCCGACAUCAAGAAAAUGUGUCGAUGUCCCUUGUUGCACUUUUUCUCUGGACGCGGGAGUGAGGGACAAAUCGGACCUCUUUGAUCGUGUGCCCUUCCCUAUACUUGACGUGAUCGUAUCUAGGGCGGCCAUCCACACCGUACCAUUAUUCACUCAAGCCAUAUUUUUGAUACCAUCGAAGUACAUAUAUAUGUGCCAUCUGUAUGUCAUAGUACCUUCGCUCGAUACCCGCUUUGUCUAUAUAUUGUACACGGCAAUUUGCA